AUGGCAAUGAGGAUGAAGGGUAAGUAUGACAAAUAUUGGGGAAAUCCCAAUGGAAUUAAUAUCUUAUUAUUGAUUGCUGUUGUGCUUGACCCUAGGAGUAAGUUGGAUAUUGUUAAUUACUUCAUUGACUAUAUAUUUGAAUCUAGCAUGGCCAGUGGAUUGAAAUCAAAAAUAUUGUCAUCUUUAACAACACUUUAUGAUCAAUAUCAAGAAUUUGAGGAGGGUUCUCAAAGUAGCCAACAAGAAUCCCAACUAGAUGAUGAAGAUGAUGAUCCUCAUGGCAUGAGUUUCUACCUAAGAGCUACAGGACGUAGAUUUGAUUAUAUAUCAGAGCUUGAUAAAUAUUUGAGAGAGGAUCCUAAACCUUAUAUAAAGUCGGUUGAGCUUGAUGUUUUACAUUGGUGGAAGAGAGGUGUUAGCCAUUCCCAUCUCUACCGUAGCAUCAGAGUGUGCAUUCAGUACAGGAGGAAGGAUGGUUAG